AUGAAAUCGACCCCGAAACUGAAACUAAAGCCAGAGGACAUAGGAUUCAUCAUUGCUCCGACAUUCCACGUGAAAAGCAUAAAUUUGAAUGAGUCGUUGAUACAACGCACUUCCAAAUGCUAUGCUCUGUCUAUUAAUAUCACGUUUCCGCCGUUCGAUUAUGAUUCGUACGAUAUACACCAGAGCAAGGUACUUCGCUACAAACAACUUUACGAAUCAACAACUCGCAAACACCGCAUGCAAGUCCUUAUUGUCGACAAAUCAUUACACGUGAUUCAUCCCUCUUCGGUUGGUUUGAAGAUCAACGGGUAUACCACUUUGACAGAUGUGUUUGGGAAGAUCCCAACGCGUGGCACACCAUUCAUAGAGGGUAUCGAUAUCACAGAUUAUUUAGUGAAAGGAAACAAUGUGGUGACCGUCGAGACGUCAUACCCGGAUACAUAUUGUGUGAUCUAUGAAGGCAUUGCGAUGACCAUCACUCAGACUAUGCAACGAAUAUUACGUACAUUGCCGAAGGAAUAUUAUUCCCAACCGCUUGACAUUGAUUUGAAUAACAACAACGAAGACGAAGAAGAAGAUGUGGUCGAGGAGCAACAAGUUCUUAGUUUAAGAUGUCCGAUAUCGUUCACACGUAUUAAGAUACCCGUACGAGGGAAGAGGUGCACCCACCAACGAACAUUUGAUCUCAAAAGUUUCUUACAAACAGCACAAAAGGCGGGGUACUACUCGUGUCCUCUCUGUUCUGAGUCGAUACAACCAAUUGACUUAGUCAUUGACUUGCAGAUGGAACACAUCAUCAAAGAUUUGACUGGACAACCGGACAUAGAAGAAGUCAUUGUACUUCCUGAUGGGAAAGUUAAACCGAAAGAAGCGGAGAAGUUAGAAAGCGACGACGACGAUGAAGAGAAGAAACUGUUAGAAAAAGGGCGGGAGAGAAGAACCAAGAGAGACGAAGAGAUGAAAAGCACGUAUGGUACAAAUUAUGGUACGUUCAAUACAUCACAUCCACAACAAAAUUUCGAGGAAGGUGGAUAUAACCCAUUUUAUCAGUACGGAGUACCUGUGCCGUAUGGGCAACAAAUUAACAUCACAAACACACAACAAUACUUCUUACCAACUCAAUAUCAAUUACCACCUUAUCAACGAUAUCAAGACAAUUUACCCCCUCUAUCACCUCCACAACAACAAAGUUUACCUCCUGGAAGGUAUGAACAAUUCAAUGAUGGGAGAUACUCGAUACCAAACGGAAUAUCUCCACAACGAAUGUAUCAAAGAUUCCCUCUGAAUAAUCUCACACAACAAAAUGUUGUGAAUACUCAAACACCACAAAACGUACCGAGUGAUCGACAUGUAAACAGAAGACUGUUAAUUCUACCACAACAAAGAACCACUCAAACACAGACAACAACAAGAACGAGAACAAACACUCAAGUGGAGUUGAACGGAAUUGGGUCGAAAGAAUCACCAAUUUGCUUAUAA